AUGCGUGGACAUCGACCUCACCUUCUCGUGAAGAGCUGUAGAGCUUGGCUCCAGGAGACCAAGGCACCGCCUAUGGUGAGGGCAUAUGGAGCUGUUUCGGCCGUCUCUCCUCAGGUCACGACCCCGCCUUCGGCUCUCGAUAAUGCUCUCGCUGCAACGGCGCCGAGGACCAACUGGACCAAGGAGGAGAUCAAGGAGCUCUAUGACACGCCGUUGAUGCAAUUGGCUUUUGCAGCAGCAAGUAUCAACUGGACGCAGAGCAUUUCGUCCAGUUCAUUACGCAGGUCAGCGAAGGCCGAUCUGACAUUCACCCAGUGUGCCCAGUCUUCUCGAUAUCAAACGGGCCUCAAAGCAUCCAAGAUGGUGACCGUCGACUCGGUUCUCGAUGCAGCACGAAUCGCCAAGGAGAACGGUAGCACAAGAUUCUGUAUGGGGGCCGCCUGGAGGGAUAUGCGUGGACGAAAGUCGGGCCUGCGCAAUAUCAAAGCCAUGGUCAACGGCGUACGGGAUAUGGGCAUGGAGGUGUGCGUUACACUAGGGAUGAUCGAUCUCGCACAGGCAAAGGAGUUGAAGGAAGCUGGCCUGACCGCAUACAACCACAAUGUCGACACAUCAAGAGAUUUCUACCCAUCUGUUAUUUCGACUCGAACUUAUGACGAACGGCUUCAAACGAUCCAAAAUGUCAGGGAUGCGGGAUUGAACGUCUGCACAGGAGGGAUUCUUGGGCUGGGAGAGAAACCCAGCGACCAUGUUGGGCUCAUCCACACAGUUGCAACGCUCCCUUCUCAUCCCGAAAGCUUCCCCGUCAACACUCUCGUCCCAAUUAAAGGCACCCCCAUGGGAGACAAUGCCCCAUCCCCAUUCGACGCAACCUUAAGAACAAUCGCAACAGCGCGAGUGGUCAUGCCAAGAACCAUCAUCCGCCUAGCAGCAGGCCGCACCACCCUUUCAGAAGAGCAGCAGAUUUUAUGCUUCAUGGCAGGUGCAAACGCUGUUUUUACGGGCGAGAAGAUGCUUACCACCGCUUGUAAUGGGUGGGAUGAGGAUCGGAUUAUUUUCGACAAGUGGGGGUUACGGCCUAUGGAGAGUUUUGAGGUGGAGGCGUUGAGAGAGUUGGUUACUACUGCCGCGCCGUUGGAGAGCCAGCGGGAAGCCCCGGUUGUGGCCGUGGGGGCAGCUGCUUGA